GGUCUGGGUCAAGCGCUGUUUCUGUCUAACCAGUAGCAUAAUGGGCGCUAGACAGAAAGAAAUUGACCCGGACCAUGUCUCUUCUUUGUCUUUCUGCCGGACACUUUUCAAGAGCUUUUUGCAGGAAAUGCGCAGUCCAUGCUUUAUGUCAAUGAUUUUUACAAAAUAUGGAUUAACCCACUAUUGCAGCAAGCCCUUUAAUUGAAAAAGGCCCAAAAGAAAUAAUCAAACCAUAAUAGGUCCAAAAUUUGGUUUAUUUUGGACUUUCUAUGAAUGUCCGAAAUUGUGCCAAACGUAUAUCCAUCGAAUGUCCGACGGACCUUAUUUGGACUCUUAAUAGACGUCCAAAUGUCCAGAAGCGGAUAUCCAUUGGACACAAUCCUUGUGCUAUCUUAGGUAUAAUAUAUUAUACCUAAUAUAUGUGAUGUAUUUUCAAAAAUAUAUAAAUUUUAUACAUUUAUAAUAAAAAAAAGUCUAUAUAUGUUUAUAUGCAUAUUUUUUUCAAUAAUUAUUUUUUAAAAUAAAUAUGUAAUUAUAUUAUAAAUAAGAAAUUCUUAAUACUAACAUUUCCUUGAUUUUAUAAGAAGUCAGAUUACAGUGCUCUUUUAGAUAACAUUUAUGAGAAGUCAGAUGGCAGUGUUCUUUUAGAUAACAUUUAUAAGAAGUCAGAGUGCAGAUAUCUUUUAGAUAUCAUAUAUAUGACAUCUUUUUUUCCUCUAAAAUCGACGCAUUAGAGGACUUAUUGUCAUCAUUAUGUUGUCUUCCAGAUAGCAUUGUUGGAUGUCCAACUCUCAAACCUGAGUACUUAAAGAACUCUUUUUGAUGACAUUUUGCUUACUGGAAAGUAACUAAUUGGUACUGUAUACUAAAUUUUUAUGAGAAACAUAUAUCACUAUUUCCUUAUUUUCAUGUGUGAUCAACGUUCAAAAUUUAUAAACAGCAAGAUUAUUGAAUUUAUUCGAAUAUUUAACAGCGAUCAAUUACUCAUUGUUAGCUAUCAAGAGCUAGGCAACCAAAAUAAUCAGUUCUUCUUCUUCAAAUUCCCCAUAUGGAUUUCCGACUCAUAAAUGGAUCACCGUACCACGGUUUAGUCAGGUCACCGACCUUUAGCAAACUUUUAGAUCAGUUGAAGAAAGAUCGCCUGCUAAGUCGGACGUGUUUUGGAAACUCGCUAUAAAUUCGGAAUAGUCUUUCGGUUUUUCAGUGAAGUCUGUACAUUCCAUUGUGUAUUUUCAUUGAUUGCUGAAAAAACGUUGUUGCAAUUUAUUUUGUAAACUGUACUUGCAAUUGUGUUUAAAAACAAACAUGAUAACUUUAAAUGUCGGAUAUUUCAAUGGAUCAUGGAAAAGAAUUUUUGAAAACAGAUUGUUGAAAAAUAUCAUACAUGUCAAGGAAAUUACAAGAACAAAAUCAACAAUAAAUCCCAUCAAAGUUAAAUAUUUUUCUGAAUGGAAAGACGUCUGGUGGAACGAGGACAACCCGAAACAUCUGCUUCACUUGUUAAAUCCACUUAGAGUAAAAUUUAUAAAGGAUGGAUUGGCAAACGCUGGAUUUAGAAUGCAAAAUUCAAAUUUUCCGUUGGAAGGAAUCAAGAUUAUGGAUGUUGGCUGUGGAGGAGGCAUAUUAACCGAGAGUUUGGCUAAAUUAGGAGCACAAGUAACUGGAAUAGACCCAUCGGCAGAAUUAAUAAAUGUUGCCAAAGAGCAUGUAAAAUUGAAUCCCAAUAUAUUACAAAGAAUAAAUUAUCUUCAGACAACCGCAGAAGAUUUUGUUCAAAAGGAGCGAGAAACAUAUGAUGCUGUUGUAACUUGUGAGGUUUUGCAAUAUGUAACAGAUCCACAACUAUUUUUAAAGGAAUGUGCGAAAAUGGUAAAACCUGGGAAAUCGAUCUUUGUAACGACAAUGAAUAAAACUUUUACAUCUUGGCUGUCUAAUAUUGUAGCAUGUGAAUACAUUUUUGGACAUCUACCUCCUGGUACUUUAGAUUGGAAUAAAUUUGUGUCUCCACACGAACUUCAACGUAUAUUAGAGAAUUAUGGUUUUGAAGUAAAAUCGAUUGUUGGCAUAAGUUUUAAUUCACUGACAAAACGAUUUUCUUGGUCAACAAAUACACUUACGUUAUAUGGGGUUCACGCUAUCAAACAGAAAAAAAUUGGACUAUAGAUGAUCUUCGGAAAGUUACAUGUUCGGGAAUUGUACUUUUUUUUAAAUAAAAUGCAAAAUGUUACACUCCUUA